GCACAGUCGGUCUACUACCGCUUCAACCUAACGUCAUUUCCGUUACACUACCAUCUCCGAGAGUUUUGUCCAAGAUGGCGUCAACGCAGUUAACGGAUGAGGAGCUUUUCUCCGAAUUAAAGCGAUUUGGUUUCACUCCAGGCCCGGUUACCGAAAACACUCGCCCGGUAUAUUUGAAGAAAUUGAAAAAGCUUCGUGAAGAGCAACAGCUGCGAGGCUCCAGGCCGGGUAAAACCCGGAGCAGCGGGGCCAUCAAGAGCACCACUGGCGGAGGCAACACGGCGGGAUCCAGGCCAGCCAGCCAUGACGUCACGCACCUGAGCUCCAGCAGGAGACCGGGCAGGAAGUCCUCCGUCCUCGGCUUCAGCUCCGACGAAUCUGACGCCGAAACUCCACUGAAAAGAAAAGGCCUCAAUCAUAGCAGUAAGGCAGACCGGAGCUCCGGUUUUCCACAGCAACCGAAGAUAAGGCCCGCUACAACACCAAGAGUGGCUAGCAAGAGUCAGUAUGGCGCUGCGAGUACGCUGAAUAUCAACAAUUCUUCCCCGGGUCCGGGCGGACAGAGAGGUGUCUCGUUGGGCUGGGGAGUUCGUGCCAGAUCCAGCCCUGAGGCGGGAGGGAGGGAUUACGACGAGUCGGGGGACGAGGACGACUAUGAGGGGGAAACGGAGAAGAACUCUCGCUCUUUAAAUGGCUGCGGGGCGUCUCAUUUAAACACUAGCAAGCUAGCUGGGGAUUACUCAGACUCGGACGAGGAGGAGGUUGUGGGCCUAAGUGUCGGAGACCAACAGCGGGAUAGGUUGGAGCCUAGACGGAGCCACCCGAAAGCGGGGUUUCCUUCCCACGGAGUGGGCCGAGGGUCUCAGACGGGAGGGGCAGUCAGACAAGUCAACCCGCCCGAUAGUCUAAAUAUGGUGGGGAGCCGGAGGGAGGAGGGUGAAGAAGACGAGGUCAGGAGAACGGGCUCGGACCCGUCCGGAGGCUUGCGCAGCCACAACUUUCCCAGGAAAUCCAUCUACGUGUCCCUCGCCGAGAACCACGGAGGAGAGGCUGGCAAAAACAACCACGUCGACGGCGAGGACGGAGCCUCCAGAAGUGGCAGCACUAGUAGGUUCGCCAUCGGGUUGAGACCGCGCUUCUCCAACUACAGCAGUCUGUCCCAGACCUACAGGAGCAACCACUCCAACCACUCGUACAGCCAGGCGGUGCUGAAGCAGACGCUGUCUGUCCCGGAGGAUGAGCUGCUGCAGCAGUUUAAACGGGACGAGGUGGCCUGCUCUGGGAGCUUUAGUGCUCACUACCUGUCCAUGUUCCUGCUCACGGCGGCCUGCCUCUUCUUUCUGCUGCUGGGCCUCAUGUACCUCAGGAUGAGGGGCUCUGGGUCCUCGGAGGUGGAUGGAGUCAGUAAGUCUCAGACAAACGUGCAAUUUAAGCUUUUCCAUUGUUUAUCCCCCAUAGCACAAAUUAUGCCAACUGGUUUUACAACAAUCUAAAGUGAAUAUUUGUGAUGUGCUCCAUGACAUGUCAACAGAGCUGCUAGAUGAACACACCUGCUGUUAAUUAAUACUUUAAUACUUUAUCCUGAUUGGACGACUAACUAAUUCCUUCGUUACAAUCGACACUCACCGGCCACUUUAUUAGGUACACCUUGCUAGUACCAGGUUGGACCCCUUUUGCCUUCAGAACUGCUUUAAUUGUUCGUAGCAGAGAUUCAACAAGGUGUUGGAAACAUUCCUCACAGAUUUUGCUCCAUAUUGACAUGAUAGCAUCAUGCAGUUGCUGCAGAUUUGUCAGCUGCACUGGAUUGAGAUGUGGUGACUGUGGAGGCCAUUGGACUACAGUGAACUCAUCGUCAUGUUCAAGAAAGCAGUUUGAGAUGAUUUGAGCUUUGUGACAUGGUGCACUAUCCUGCUGGAAGUAGCAUCAGAAGAUGGGUCCACUGUGGCCAUAAAGAGAUGGACAUGGUCAGCAACAAUACUCAGGUAGGCCGUGGCAUUUAAACCAUGCUCAGUUGGUACUAAGGGGCCCAAAGUGUGCCAAGAAAAUAUCCCCCCACCAUUACACCACCACCAGCAGCCUGAAGCGUUGAUACAAGGCAGGAUGGAUCCAUGCUUUCAUGUUGUUUACGACACAUUGUGACCCAACCAGCUGAAUGUCGCAGCUGAAAUGGAGACUCAUCAGACCAGGCAACGUUUUUCAAUCUUCUAUUGUCACAUGUUGGUGAGCCUGUGUGAAUUAUAGCCUCAGUUUCCUGUUAGCUGACAGGAGUGACACCCGGUGUGGUCUUCUGCUGCUGUAGCCCGUCUGCUUCAAG